GAGUGCGGGGGAUCCAGCAUCUGCCCCCACGGCCGCAUACGAUCUCGAUGCAGGGAGUGCGGGGGAGGCAGCAUCUGCCCCCACGGCCGUCAGCGAUCUGAAUGCAAGGAGUGCGGGGGAUCCAGCAUCUGCCCCCACGGUCGUACACGAUCUCGAUGCAAGGAGUGCGGGGGAGCCAGCAUCUGCCCCCACGCCCGUGUACGAUCUCGAUGCAAGGAGUGCGGGGGAGGCAGCAUCUGCCCCCACGGCCGGAGGCGAUCUGAAUGCAGGGAGUGCGGGGGAGCCAGCAUCUGCCCCCACGGCCGGAGGCGAUCUACAUGCAAGGAGUGCGGGGGAUCCAGCAUCUGCCCCCACGGCCGGAGGCGAUCUGAAUGCAAGGAGUGCGGGGGAGCCAGCGUCUGCCCCCACGGCCGUAUACGAGGUACAUGCAAGGAGUGCGGGGGAGGCAGCAUCUGCCCCCACGGCCGGAGGCGAUCUGAAUGCAAGGAGUGCGGGGGAGCCAGCAUCUGCCCCCACGGCCGGAGGCAAUCUGAAUGCAAGGAGUGCGGGGGAGGCAGCAUCUGCCCCCACGGCCGGAGGCGAUCUGAAUGCAAGGAGUGCGGGGGAGCCAGCAUCUGCCCCCACGCCCGUGUACGAUCUCGAUGCAAGGAGUGCGGGGGAGCCAGCAUCUGCCUUCACGGCCGGAGGCGAUCUGAAUGCAAGGAGUGCGGGGGAGGCAGCGUCUGCCCCCAUGGUCGUACACGAUCCCGAUGCAAGGAGUGCGGGGGAGCCAGCAUCUGCCCCCACGGCCGUAUACUAUCUCGAUGCAAGGAGUGCGGGGGAGGCAGCAUCUGCCCCCACGCCCGUAGACGCUCUACAUGCAAGGAGUGCGGGGGAGGCAGCAUCUGCCUCCAUGGGCGGAGGCGAUCUACAUGCAAGGAGUGCGGGGGAUCUAGCAUCUGCCCCCACGGCCGCAUACGAUAUGGAUGCAAGGAGUGCGGGGGAGGCAGCGUCUGCCCCCACGGCCGGAGGCGAUCUACAUGCAAGGAGUGUAUCGCUGUGUCUGCGCUAGUAUCUGGCGCGUGUGCGCAAUGA